GAACGGUAACGGGCAAACAAACCCCACUUUUUUUCAUUGUUUAAAAUCACUUUUUUUAGAACAUCGGCAAUCAUGGUUCUUACCAAUUGGUAAACCAUUUUCUAGAGAGAGUGACAAAAAAAGUUGAGAGAGAAACUAGAGGAAAUUGACAGGAAGGUGUGCCGUUUUUGUUGUGCUCUUCAGAGAAUCAAUUUUUCUCAUUCAAUGGGAAAAACCCUUUAAAGAGAAAUUAAUCUGAAGAGAGUCAGAAAAAAGUCUCCUUUCUUCUUCUUCCUCUCUAUGUCUUCUUGAGGCUUUUACGGCAAGGAGAGAAAGAAAAAGUGAUAGAUAACUUACCAUCCUUGAGCUUCCAUUAAUGACAAAAGAAAAUCUACCGAUUGACAUGAAUAACAUUUAUCUUGACUGUUGCAGUUGCCAUUGGAUCAUUCCGUUUAUCAUUGAUCUUUUUCUUAGUCUGAUGUCUUCCUUAUUUUUCAGUUUUUUUCAGCAACACUUUGAUUUCGUUAGUUAUCUGAUUUCAGAUUGAUAGAAACUGGACAAGGCUGAGAAUUCUCAUGGGUGGGUUUGAUGACCAUGUUGCUAUUAUUGGAGAUUGGAUGCCUCCCAGUCCUAGUCCAAGGGCAUUUUUCUCAUCAAUGAUUGGCGACGAAGUCAUGGCAAAAUCAGGUACUGAAUCGCAUGAUGAAAAUAGAAACAGGUCUCUCUUUUUGGGGCCUGGGAGGCAGAUUGAAUCAAGAAAUGUUGAUCAAAAGGAUGUGACACAAUCCAAUGUAGUUGAUGAUGAAACAAUCAAGUCUAAUGUCCCUUCGGAGCAGAAAAUGAGUUCAAGUGGUGGUCUUCUGGAGAGGAUGGCAGCUAGAUCCGGCUUCAAUGCCCCAAGGUUGAAUACAGAAAGUAUCAGGCAAUCUGACCUUUCUCAGAACCCGGAUGUUCGGUCUCCUUAUCUGACAAUUCCUCCUGGUCUCAGCCCAACUAGUCUUCUAGAGUCUCCUGUCUUCCUCGCUAAUAAUUCUCUGGUCCAGCCAUCUCCAACAACUGGGAAAUUUUCAUUUCUCCCGAACAUGGGAAACUCAAUGUUGAUGACAGGCAAUCCUGAAAAGGGCAAGGAGAAUACCUUUGAAGAUGUCAUUGCCUCGUCAUUUGCAUUUCACCCUAUCCCGGAAUCUAGUUCCUCUUUUAGUUUUUGUGCAGCGAGCAAAGUAAAUCCUUCGAGUCUUUCUCAGUAUUCAGAGAACUCACUUCUGCCUCGAAGUGUAGAGCCCUCGAAAGUUCACUCUCAAAAUGGUACACUUUUUCAGCAGGUUAAUCUCUCUAAUUCAUCUGCCAAGAACGCCCAUGACAUGUCACCCGAGCCAACGUCUUUUGGUCCUAUUGGCGCUAUGGAGCAUUCUCCACCUUUUGAUGAACCACAAGACGAUGAUGCUGAUCGAAGAAGCAACGAUGAUCCCAAUGUUGGCAGUGGUCUAGCUGAGGAUGGUUAUAAUUGGAGAAAAUAUGGGCAGAAACAAGUAAAAGGAAGUGAAUACCCUCGAAGUUAUUACAAAUGCACAGAUCCAAAUUGUCCUGUCAAGAAGAAAGUGGAACGCUCUCACGAGGGUCACAUUACAGAGAUAAUCUACAAGGGAGCCCAUAAUCACCCAAAACCUCCACCGAAUCGCAGAUCAGCUCUUGGCUCCUUGAAUGCACUUGGUGACAUUCAGCAUGACACAACCGAACAACCAGGAACUGGUGCUAAUGGUGAUCCCAUCUGGUCAAACGUGCAAAAAGGAACCCCUGAUUGGAAGUGGGACAAUCCGGAUUCAACAUCAGCAGCUCUGGGCCAAGAAUAUGGCAACGGAACUACCUCUUUUCAGGCACAAAUCGGCACUCAGUUCGAGUCCAGUGAUGGUGUGCAAGCGUCUUCUGCUUUCUCAAAUGAUGAAGAGGAAGAUGAUCGAGUAACGCAUGGCAGUGUAUCGUUGGGUUAUGAAGGUGAAGGAGAUGAAACAGAGUCAAAAAGAAGGAAAAUCGAAACUUACCCUUCAGAUAUGAGUGGAGCCACUAGAGCCAUCCGGGAGCCUAGAGUUGUAGUGCAAACAACCAGUGAGGUUGACAUCCUUGAUGAUGGUUAUCGUUGGCGAAAAUAUGGGCAGAAGGUUGUUAAAGGAAAUCCAAAUCCAAGGAGUUAUUACAAGUGCACAAGUACAGGCUGCGCUGUCAGGAAGCACGUCGAGAGGGCUUCGCAUGACCUGAAAUCGGUGAUAACAACGUAUGAGGGGAAACACAACCAUGAUGUUCCUGCAGCUCGAAACAGCAGUCAUGUUAAUUCUGGUGUUUCAAACACACUUCCGACCCAAGCUUCGACUGCUGCUCAGAGUCAAAUACAUAGGCCAGAGCCAGCUCGACUUCAUAACAGCCUGGGACGGUUUGAAAGACCUUCCCUUGGUUCAUUUGGCCUGCCUGGGAGGCCACAGCUUGGAUCUAAUCCAAACUUCGGUUUUGGAAUGAAUCAUCCCGGACUAGCCAAUCUGGCAAUGGCUGGAUACGGGCCCAACCAAGGCAGGUUACCGGGAUAUCCAAUUCAUCCAUAUUCAGGACAUUCACGCCCAAUGAGUAAUGCGGGUUUCAUGCUGCCAAAAGGAGAACCGAAAGUGGAGCCCGAGUUAGAUUCUGGUUUGAAUGUCUCCAAUGGCUCGUCAGUGUAUCAUCAGAUUAUGAAUCGAUUGCCGCUCGGACCACCAAUGUAAAUUUUUGUCCUCUAAGAAAGUAUUUGUACUUGUCUACUCUCAAAAAGUAGAGAUGAUAACUUAUAUUUAAAUGGGUUUUUUUCUGGGAUUGAAUCUAACUCUUCAUUCUUUUAUUA